AUGGCUUCCGACAGCGUGGAAGAGACUGCCAAGGGAACGCCCGGUCACAGCGCUGAGGAGCCAUCAUCGCAGACGCCUGCGAAGGAUGUCUCCGAUGACCACGCGCGACAGACACAGACUCUUGGUGAGGAGCUGGCAGCGGCACUGCGGCUCAGCCAAGAUGUGGUCCCUGAGCAUAGCAGCUGGGCCAGCGUGCCGGCUACGGCUUUGCCUGUGGUCGCUGCGCCUCCGCCAGCCAGGGAUGGGGAAAACGACAAGGACCAGGAGCUGUUGCAAGGAUUGCUUUCCUUGCGUGCAGCCAUUGUGGCCCAGCACGGGGAGCUCCUGUGCUCCUUGGACCUUCAUCUGCAGAAGCUGAAGGCAGGAUCCAAUGCCACGAUCGAGUCGCCGGCGCCGUUCAGAAGUGACAGCGGUGCCAAGGUGGUAGCACGGGUGGAGACAUCAUCGCGUUUGCGGCGGAAGGCGCCACAUGCGGCUCCGGCUCGCAAGUCCUUCACUGCGGGAGGCAUCACCAUGCCUGAGGAUGAAACACCGAGCCGUCCCUCCUCCAUGAAAAGCGACGAGGAGCUGGUGACAGUCAAGAUUUCCGCUCCGACUGGAGUCCGAAACCAGGUCUUCGCGGCCGAAGCCCCACUUCCUGGUCAGCUGGCAGAGCUUGCGGAUGUCAAGAGCGAUGAGGAAGAUCGGAGCAACUUUGUGGCUGUUGUACCGCAACGUGCUGAACGGCGAGCCCGCAGAGCGCAAACUGCAAAGCAGCAUCUACCCACACUCUCCGCCAAACGCAGGACAUCUUGGUUGACCCGGUCCCAGAAGGUCACAUCUGAGUUGCACAAGGACCAGGAUGGGCAAAAGCCAGUCAAGCUGUCGCGCAAUGAGAAGGCGGAGGCACGCAAAGCAGGGGAGCUUGCACAUGGCGCGGGCGGGUUGCUGUCCAGCUUCCACGCCGAGUACUCAACGACGGCGGUGAUGCAGAGCGCCGUGAAUGGGUUGGCGUCCGAACAGCAGAGGCGUCGGGCAAACAACCGCUGCACUGCCAUCGUGCGAAACCCGUGGUUCGAGCGGAUCACGCUGGCCAUGGUGAUUCUGAAUGCUGUUGAGAUGGCGCUGGAUGUCGAGCUGAACCCAAACUCGAUUGUUUUUGACUCUGACUCAUCUCCGCUCUUCGUCGUCUCGCACAACUUGUUUUGCAGCUUCUUCUUGUUCGAGUUGGUCAUUCGAUGUUUUGCACAUGGUGGUCUGCAAUACGCCUGCCGCGACGUGUGGUUCAGCUUCGAGAGCUUGCUGGGCAUACUGAUGAUCCUGGAGACCUGGGUAAUGCCAGCUCUGCACGCAUUGCGGCUGAUCACAAGUCCUACUGCUGCCAACACUGCGAACUCGCUUCGAGUUGCGCGUGUGCUACGCGUACUGCGAACAGCCCGCCUGGCGCGGCUCGUGAAGCUCAUGCCAGAGCUGAUGAUUCUGGUCAAGGGCAUGGCGGUGGCCUGCCGGUCGGUCUUCUUCACCCUGCUGCUUCUGCUGAUCAUCACCGUCAUCUUUAGCAUCAACUUCAUCGAGUUUAGCCGCGGGUCUGCUCUUGAAGCGGUCUUCUUCGAUUCACUGUGGAGCUCCAUGGGCACGCUGAUCCUCCACUGCAUCCUGCCCGACCAAGAGGUCUUCUUUCGGUCCGUGGCGGCAGAGAGCGACGGCCUUGCUGUCUUGGUGAUGCUGUUCAUCCUGCUGGGCUCCUUCACGGUCAUGAACAUGCUACUGGGCGUGUUGGUGGAAGCAGUCAAGACCGUCACGCUCAUCGAGCGCGAGAACCUUGAUGCAGAGGUGGCCCGAAAGGUUCUCUGGGGCAUGCUGGAGAAGGAUGGCUCCGAGGAUGAUGAGCGCCUCAUCACGCGGGAGGAGUUCCAGGAUCUGCUGGGCCACAAGAAGGCGGCAAAGGCGCUGGCCAGCAUCGGGGUUGAUGUAAUGGCUGCGGCAGACAUUGGAAAGAUGUUGUUCGAAGACGACGAAGCCAUCCUGUUCUUGGACUUUAUGUCUGCCAUGCUGACGCUACGAGGUUCGAACAAGACGACCGUCAAGGACAUCGUCGAGCUGCGGAAGUAUGUGGCCGAAGAGUUCUUGAAGGUCCACUCACUUGUGGGCGAACUGUGUGGCUUCUUGGCAGAACACCUGGAACCGGUUGGGCCACUGCAGGAUGAGGACAAAUUCAGGCGCGAUGCAUCUCCAACAGACCUGGACUAG